GCGGGGUGCGGUGCGGCCUUGGGCCACGGGGGGCGCCCUCGGUCGCCGGGAAGCCGCACAGGGACCCCGUCCUGCGCUGAGCUGGCACCAUGAUCAAAAAAGCGGCUGCCGCUGUGGUCGGAGGAGCCCUGGCCGUGGGCGCCGCGCCGCUGCUGCUGGGCGCCGCGGGCUUCACGGGCGCCGGCAUCGCCGCCUCCUCCCUGGCCGCCAAGAUGAUGUCGGCGGCCGCCAUCGCCCACGGGGGCGGCGUCCCCGCCGGCAGCCUGGUGGCCGUCCUGCAGUCCGCGGGGGCAGCGGGACUCUCCACGUCGUACAACAUCCUCCUGGCCUCCGUGGGGUCCGCUCUGGGCGCCUUGCUGGGAGGUUCCAAAAAGGCGGCCCUUCCCUCUCCCCCGGCAGGGCCCGGGGCUGGAGGGGACCAGCCAGGAAAACACGCCCCCCAGGCGAACCCCCCGGAACCCCCCCUCAGCUCCGGGAAGCCUGGGAAAUAAAGGUCACGUGCACACGC